UAGAAAACCAAACAAAUACCCGCCAAAACCCAGCAAAGAGAAAUGUUGAUGCGAGACGAAAUGAAGAGAACACGGCGAUGCAAACAAGUCACCGCCAAAUCCUCCAAGAGUCCAAUUCCAGCCAACCGAAUCAGGGAUGAGGACGACGACGAAGCUUGGCCGAGUCAACCUUCCGAGUCAUUGACCGUUACGGUGGUCAAACCCAAGAAGUCCAAAUCUCAACUCCAAACCAAACCCGGCUCAAUCCCAGACAAUCCACCCAAAGAAAUGACGAUCUUGCCCUUCACUUUCUUCCAAAUUGACGCCCUAGACCUCGCCCCACGUUUGCUCGGCAAGUUUCUCAGGCGUGACGAUGUUGUUCUUCAGAUUACCGAGGUAGAAGCUUAUAGGCAAAAUGACUCGGCUUGUCAUGGUCGAUUUGGCGUAACUGCAAGAACAGCCCCCGUUUUUGGGCCUGGAGGAAAUGCAUAUGUUUAUCUUUGCUAUGGCCUUCAUACAAUGCUGAAUGUUGUUGCUGACAAGGAGGGAGUUGGAGCUGCCGUCCUAAUACGUUCUUGUGCUCCAGUUAGUGGACUGAAGACCAUUCAGCAGCGUCGAGGUCAGAAGACUGAUAAGCCUGUGCUACUUAAUGGACCUGGAAAGAUCGGUCAAGCACUGGGACUUUCUACAGAAUGGUCUAACCAUCCCCUAUAUACUCCUGGUGGUCUGGAGAUCUUAGACGGUCCAGAGCCUGAACAGAUGUUGAUUGGUCCCCGUGUGGGCAUCGAGUAUGCUUUACCUGAGCAUGUCAAUGCAUUGUGGAGAUUUGCAGUUGCAGGCACCUCUUGGAUAAGUGCUCCUAAAAACACUCUCAGGCCACCCUGAUUUUGGAUUAUAUAUCCAGCAGGGAAUUCCACAAAAGGAAUUUGAGGACCAAGAAAAGAAAUGUUUCAUGAAAUUGUAUAAAAUGUAGAUAUGCUUGUGGUCUCUCCUAAUCCUUUUUUCCUUUGCAUUCUCUGUACAAAACCAUCAACUGUAAGUCAUCAAUCUGUCCCUGCUUUGAUAUAUUUGUGGUUUUUUAAUAUAAAUUUUAUCAAUAGUAUUUUGCCUCUAUUUA